UGAACAACACCCAGCCUGAAGGUGAAAUAGUUUAGACCGUGUCCUGACAUGUCUCUGUCCGCUGUUCCCGAGGAACUGAACCCGGACUAACUUAAAGUUAGACUUUUCGUCACACUAGAACCUGUUUAAUGUGAAUGUACUUUGACCAGUGAAUGUACUUUGACUGGAUUAAAAAUGUGUUAGGGCCCAGUGACAGUUACGGGAUCAGGAGCUAUUGUUGUUUUCGCGAAGAGGAACUUUCCUGCAAGUUUUAAAUCCCGGAUCACCGCAAUGUCUCGAAUGCUGAGCGUUGAUCUCCCAGAUAUUGAGAAUAUACUCUCACUAAAUCCACGUGUGAAGACUUGUGCAUCUCUGCGAUCGACAGCAACUACAAAAUUGAACAAAACUCAUUGGAAACGCAACGCUAUUAAAAAUUGCUCAAGCCAUGAGAAGCUGGAGAAUAAUUUUGAUGACAUCAAACACACCACUCUCAGUGAGCGAGGAGCACUUCGUGAAGCAAUGAGGUGUCUCAAGUGUGCCGAUGCUCCUUGUCAGAAGAGCUGUCCGACUAAUCUGGACAUAAAGUCAUUUAUCACAAGCAUUGCAAAUAAGAACUACUAUGGAGCUGCCAAAGCUAUUCUGUCUGACAACCCCCUUGGUCUAACUUGUGGGAUGGUAUGCCCAACCUCUGACCUCUGUGUGGGAGGGUGCAAUUUACAUGCAACUGAAGAAGGAGCGAUUAACAUAGGUGGAUUACAACAGUUUGCCGUAGAGGUGUUCAAAGAGAUGAAAAUUUAUCAGAUUCGUAAUCCAUCACUUCCACCUUCUGAAGAAUUAUCUAAGAGCUUCCAUGCUAAAAUAGCCCUGAUCGGAUGUGGACCUGCCAGUAUCAGUUGUGCUUCUUUUUUAGCUCGAUUGGGCUACUCAGACAUCACAAUAUUUGAAAAACACGAGUAUUUGGGAGGUUUAAGCACAUCUGAGAUACCUCAAUUCAGAUUGCCUUAUGAUGUUGUCAAGUUUGAGAUCAAGCUGAUGAAUGACCUUGGUGUGAAGAUUGUCUUUGGCAAAGGUUUGGGAAUUGAAGGAAUGACGUUGGACACAUUGAAACAAGAUGGAUAUGAAGCAGUCUUCAUUGGUAUAGGUUUACCAGAGCCAAAGAGAGAUCACAUCUUUGAAGGCUUAACAGCGGAACAUGGCUUCUACACAUCUAAGGAGUUCUUGCCUAUUGUUGCAAAAGCUAGCAAACCAGGGAUGUGUGCCUGUCAGUCUAGCCUGCCAUCACUAAAAGGCACAGUUCUUGUACUUGGUGCUGGAGACACUGCCUUUGACUGUGCUACAUCUGCAUUACGCUGUGGAGCUCACCGUGUGUUUGUGGUUUUUAGAAAAGGAUUUACCAAUAUCAGGGCUGUCCCAGAGGAGAUGGAGCUAGCAAAAGAAGAAAGAUGCGAGUUUUUGCCUUACAUGUCACCAAGAAAGAUUAUUCUGAAAGGUCAGCGUAUUUCUGCAAUUGAGUUUGUUCGUACAGAGCAGAAUGAUGUUGGAGAUUGGAUUGAAGAUGAAGACCAAGUUAUUCGCUUAAAAGCAAAUGUUGUCAUCAGUGCAUUUGGCUCCAUUCUGAGUGAUUCUUCAGUGAAAGAGGCCAUGACUAAGAUCAGGUUUAACAGAUGGGGCUUCCUGGAUGUUGACACAGAGACCAUGCAGACGAGUGAGCCUUGGGUUUUUGCAGGUGGUGACAUCGCUGGUUUGGCUAACACCACCGUCGAGUCUGUGAAUGAUGGGAAACAGGCAUCAUGGCACAUUCACAAAUAUUUGCAGUUUUCAGAUGGUUGUCACAUAUCUGAGAAACCUGAGCUCCCCCUUUUUUAUACACCUAUCGAUCUUGUGGAUAUCAGCGUGGAAGUAGCUGGGUUGAAAUUUCUGAAUCCAUUUGGCUUGGCCAGUGCACCUCCAGCGACCAACACAGCAAUGAUUCGACGAGCGUUUGAUGCAGGUUGGGCGUUUGCCUUAACAAAAACAUUCUCUCUUGAUAAGGACAUAGUGACCAAUAUUUCUCCAAGAAUUUUACGUGGAAUGACCUCUGGCCCUGUCUAUGGCCCAGGACAAAGCUCCUUUCUUAACAUCGAGCUCAUCAGUGAAAAGACAUGCGCAUACUGGUGCCAAAGCAUUACUGAAUUAAAGGCCGAUUUCCCAAAUAACAUUAUUAUUGCCAGCCUCAUGUGCACUUACAACAAGAAUGAUUGGACAGAUCUUUCAAUAAUGGCGGAGGAUGCUGGUGCCGAUGCCUUGGAAUUAAACCUCUCUUGCCCACAUGGCAUGGGAGAAAGAGGAAUGGGCCUCGCCUGUGGACAGGAUCCAAAGCUGGUGCGAAACAUCUGCCGUUGGGUACGACAAGCUGUUAAGAUUCCAUUCUUUGCCAAGCUGACCCCGAAUGUCACAGACAUUGUAAACAUAGCAUCGGCAGCUCAGGAAGGUGGUGCAAAUGGUGUUACAGCAGUCAAUACUGUCUCUGGGUUGAUAGGAGUACUUGCAGACGGUACACCAGUGCCUGCUGUUGGUAGAGACAGGCGAACCACAUAUGGUGGUGUGUCUGGAACCGCAGUAAGACCAAUUGCCUUACGAGCUGUAUCUGCUAUUGGUAAGGCUCUCCCAGGAUUUCCCGUUCUCGCUGCUGGCGGGAUCGAUUCGGCUGAAUCAGGACUCCAGUUUCUGAAUUGUGGUGCCUCUUUAUUGCAGGUAUGCAGUGCUGUUCAGAAUCAGGACUUCACAUUAAUUGAUGACUAUUGCACGGGAUUGAAGGCACUCUUGUAUUUAAAAAGCAUUGAGGAGCUGCAAAAUUGGGAAGGACAGAGCCCGCCAACAAGACCUCACCAGAAAGGAAAACCUGUACCUAACAUUGCUGGUAUAAUUGGACAGCAUUUGCCUAGUUUUGGCCCUUACCUGGAACAACGUAAAAAGAUUAUAACAGAACAUAAACUGAAACAAAAGGAGCUGAAUGAGGUGGUGCAGGAAGCUGAUGAAGGACCAUAUACCGUCAAGAAACCCAUUCCAAAGGUUCAGGAAAUAAUUGGUAGAACUCUGCCACAUAUUGGAGCCUUUGGUGUCCUGAAUAACAAGGAGCACGUAGUGGCUUUGAUUGAUGAAGAAAUGUGCAUUAACUGUGGAAAAUGCUACAUGACUUGUAAUGAUUCUGGAUACCAGGCCAUAACCUUUGACCCUGAGACACAUCUUCCUCAAGUUACUGCUGACUGCACAGGCUGCGCUCUUUGCUAUAGUGUCUGUCCCAUCAUUGAUUGCAUUGCAAUGAUUCCCCGUUUAACACCUUAUGAACCAAAGAGGGGUAUUCCAUUGGCUGUCUGACAAGUUUGUUUAGUUGACAUGGUCCAGCAGUGAAACAUGAUUUAACAUCCAUAUCUACCUAAAAGCAUUGAUUUAGUCAUUCAGUCUAUAACAUGAUAAAUUACUGUUAUUUCCAAAGUAUUGAUUUUUACUUACUAAUCCAAGUUGCCACGACCUUGCAUUCUACAAUUAGCUAACUGCAAUUGAAUAAAAGGAUUUACACUUAAAAAACUGUUCUGUGUUAAUAAUCAAUAAGUAAUACAUUUAAUGUCAAGCAUGUAAUAAGGCAGUGACAAAAUUGGAUUACAAUGUGCAGACCCUUAUAUAUAAUUUACAUUGAACUAACAAUUGCGCCAAUUUCACUAUACCUGUAUUGGAGGAUCUCUAUUAUAAACUAGCAACAGAGAAUGAUAAAUGAGCACCCUCUAUUAUUUUAUGAGUUAUUUCAUAUAAUAAGGAGUACAUUUAAUGUAGAGGAACACAGACAUUUCCAGCCUAGUAACUAAUGUGACUAAAAUUUACAUUCAUCUCUCAGCAUGACAUACAUUUCUUCAGCAUACAAAGUGCCAUUCCAUUAUAUUGAUAAGGAUAUCUGCCUUGAGCAUCCCUUUGGUGCCUGCUGUUUCCAUUUAACUCACCUAGAUCCAUAGAAUCUGCUGGUUUCUGCCAAUAAUGUUAAUUCUCAUAAAUUGAAUCAGAUCCCAGAUUUUUGUAAAUCCAUCAUGAAACCAAUUACUGGAAAAAUUGAAUCUCAGGCUGUUAGAGAAAACUGAACUUUUAAUUUAAUCUGAUAAAUACCAUAGUUUUCAAAGCAAUACUGUAAAUCAGUAGAAAAAGAAAUUUGAAAGAGAAUAAAUUGUUCAGUGAAGAGUAUUUUUUAGUUACAUGUAAAUUAACUUGAGAUGGUAAAUGUGCUGUUAUACAUCACAGUCUAUGCAAAUUGUAUAAUAUGGAAAUUUCUAUUUUAUCUCUAAUAAUUAAAUCCUCUUGUUCUGUUUUUUAUGAUAAUUUUAAUGCACAACUAUAUUUUUGUUGUCAGUGCUCAUAAUAACAGUAUAAACAGUAUCAAGUGACAGACUUAUGAAAAGUAGAGCUUUGAGAAAGGGCUGUUCAUUUUGGUUCAGUACAUUGACAUUAGAGCCAUUUGUGGAUCCUAACCCCACAUGGAAGUUGCCCAACAUUGAUUGGUGAAUGAGUGGGCAGAGUACAUACUUGCUGUCAAGUUAAGGACGGCAUUUUUGUUUUGAGACCCGAGGGGCAGUAGGAGCUUCUCAUGCAUGAAGUAGUUGCAUCCUGCCAUUGCAGGGAAGGGAAAGCAAGAAUCUUCAAUUUGAGGCACCUUCUAAGUACCUUGAAAAGAUCUGAACUAAAGGAAAAUGGCUACAGGCCAUAAACGCAGAAGGGAAACUUCCUCCACAAGGUGACCUCUGGUGGAUUGGGAGUGUGGGACUUUGAGAGCACGCCUCCUCACUUUUCAGCUCUAUCACUUAGGAACUGAUCUAACCCUGAUCCAACUCUCCCAAAUUACAGCUCUGGAGAAGGAUGAUGUAAUCAGGGCUAACAGCAUCCAAAGUCUCUUCCUGUCCCAAUGAAAUUCCUGGCCUUAGAAUUUUCAUUGUAGUAUCUCAUGAAUUUGAUGAUACUCAAUAUAUUUUGAGCAUAUACACAUUGUUCGAGGCUCAAUGUUGUGCUGACUCAGAGCUUCAGCAAUUGUUCCUUUAUAUUUUAUAAUUGGAAUUAAUCUGACAAGAAUUAAGUCCAUUAAAAAGGGUCUGCAUUAAGAUUUGAAUUUGAGGUUGAGUACAUUUCAUAAAAGGAAUAGAGUAAGGAAUAUGUGGCAGUGUUAUUCAGAGAGUGAAACAAGUCAAAGAGGAAUAAUUCAGAUUGAAAUACUAAAACUUCAAUUCUAAUUCUGUUAAUUCUCAAGCUUUGUCUGCUACCAUUUGCCUUCCUUGACCAUCCAAUUAGAUGAGAGAGUUUAAAAAUGAUUGCUGUUUUAUGUAUUUCUUUUUUGACUAUUUUGUUUAGUAAAUCUUAUCAGUAGUUACUAAUUCUUGCCUUUCAAUUCUUUCUUCAUACUAUUUGGUUAUACUUUGCUCAAGGUAAAAAAGCAAAUUUAUAAAACAAUGUGAAAAUUUUAUCUGCUUUGUCAUUAUUAACCACUGCUGUGUAUCAACCACUGCUGAGCCUUAAAGAGACAUCAUUAAAGAAUUACAAAUGUC